AUGGGGCCGAGGGGCCGAGGCAGCGGGCGGAGGCGCGCGGGGCCGAGCCGCGCGCGUGGGGCCAACGCAGGCGAGGCGCGUGGGGCCGACGCGGGCGGGUUGGCCGACGCGCGCGGGCUGGUCGCGCGCGUGGGGCCGAGACGCGCGGGCUGGCCGCGCGCGUGGGGGCCGAGGAGCCGAGACGCGCGGCCUGGCCGCGCGCGGGGCCGAGCCGCGCACGUGCGACCGACGCGGGCGGAGGCGCGCGGGGCCGACGCGGGCGGGUUGGCCGACGCGCGCGGGCUGGCCGCGCGCGUGGGGGCCGAGGAGCCGAGACGCGCUGCUGGCCGUGCGCGUGGGGCCGAGGGGCCGACGCGGGCGGAGGCGAGUGGGGCCGACGCGGGCGGGUUGGCCGACGCGCGCGGGCUGGUCGCGCGCGUGGGGCUGGGGGGUCGAGGAGCCGAGACCAGCCCCAGAGGUCGCUGCUGCUAG